AUGGCUGUCGAGAAGUACGAUAUCGUUAUUGUAGGUGCAGGCCCCGUGGGCCUCGUACUGUCAACCUGCCUCGCAAGAUGGGGAUACAAGAUUAAGCACAUCGAUAUGCGACCCGAGCCAACUCCCACCGGAAGAGCCGACGGUAUUCAGCCACGAUCACUGGACUUCCUCCGCAACAUGGGCCUCAAGCGUGCAAUCAUGGCUCACGAGCCUGCCAAGGUCUACGAGGUCGCUUUCUGGGAUCCCGCAGAGAAGAGCAAGGGUAUCCACCGAACUGGCACAUGGCCAUCAUGCCCAAGCUUCCUCGACGCCCGCUACCCCUUCACCACCCUGCUCCACCAGGGCUUGAUCGAGCGCGUCUUCAUCGCCGAUAUGGAAAAGUACGGAGUUAAGGUGCAAAGACCUUGGAAGAUCACAGACUUUGAGAACGAUGGCAAAGACAAGGAAUACCCAGUUGAAGUCAAGAUCGCACACGUCGAUGGUGACGAGCAAGAGACCGUCAGAGCAAAGUACCUCUUCAGUGGUGAAGGUGCCCGCAGUUUCAUUCGCGAAAAGCUCGGCGUUGGUAUCACUCACAAGGAUCCCAUCACACACGUCUGGGGUGUCAUGGAUGGUGUCGUCCGCACAAACUUCCCUGACAUCAAGAUGAAGUGCACAAUUCACUCCGAUGCUGGAUCCAUCAUGGUCAUUCCUCGUGAAGACAACAUGGUCCGUCUUUACAUUCAGGUCGCUUCAUCAACCGAUAAGGACUGGAACCCUCGCAAGCAAAUUUCAGCAGAGGAAGUCCAGGAGACAGCCAAGAAGAUCUUGAAGCCUUACGAGAUUGAGUGGGACCGCAUUGAGUGGUACUCAGUCUACCCAAUUGGUCAGGGUAUCGCAGACCGUUACACUCUUGACGAGCGUGUCUUCAUGGGUGGUGACUGCUGCCACACUCACUCUCCCAAGGCCGGUCAAGGCAUGAACACUGCAUUCUUGGAUGCUCAAAACCUGGCAUGGAAGAUUCAUCAUGUCGAGAGCGGUUUCGCAGACCGUUCCAUCCUCAAGUCUUACGAGUCUGAGCGUAAGCUCAUCGCAGAGAACCUUCUCAACUUCGACAACGCAUACGCCAAGCUGUUCUCGCAGCGCCAGCCCAGCGCUGGUGAGGUCAGCUCAGUUACUCAGCAGCAGGAUGGUGAGAAGCAGGUCGAGGAGAACGAGUUCGUCAAGAUGUUCAAGUCUUCUUGCGAGUUCACCUCGGGUUACGGUGUUGCUUACAACCCCAACAUCUUCAACUGGUCAAAGGAUCACCCUGCCAAAUCACCACUCUUCCUGUCUAACGAGGCUGGCACCACCACUCAACGCACUGGACGUAUCAUGAGCAACGCUACCGUCACAAGAGUAGCUGACGCCAACGUCGUUCACCUCGAGCAAGAGAUCCCUCUCAACGGUAGCUGGCGCAUCUACCUCUUUGGUGGUGAGCCCAGCAAGACCAAGCGUGCCAUUGCAGACUUUGCCGCCGGCCUUUCGAAGAAGGGCUCAUUCUACAGCACCUUCGGUCACCCCAACCUCGACCAGGUUUCUUACCAUGAGAGACACAACCCUCACAGUCUCUUCUUCACCAUCAACACCAUCUUCAACUCCAAGCGUCCUCAGAUCGAGAUCAACGACUUGCUUCCCAAGCUUCUUGCUCGCUACUUCGACCACGUCUAUGCUGAUGACAUUUGGGACCAGAAGGUUCCUGAUGCCAAGGCUUCUGCACACGCAAAGAUGGGUCUGUCGCAAGAGGAAGGUGGUGUCGUUAUUGUCCGCCCUGACGGCUAUGUUGGCUGUGUCGUCAAGCUUGUUGAGGGUACUGGCACUGUUGAUGCUCUCAACAGCUAUUUCUCGACCUUCACCUCUAAGAAAGUUGGUGGUGCUGAGAGAGCAAGUCUGUAA